UUUGGGACCAUUCCGUUCUGCUGUUCUAUCGCACAAUACUGGGACAAAAAAACAGGGCUGGGUUGGGAAGAGGCAAACUGCCCUGCCGAAAAGUAUUUGCAUGGUUGUGUGGACGACGACGGCAGCGGAGCAACGUUAUCGCGGUCCAAAGAUAGAGCACAUACGGGUUUUGUGGUAGUUUUAAUUUGCCCCAGGAACUACUCCGAGAGUUCGGCAUGUUCGGCGGUGGUAGUCAGGGCGAUAAAAAUGAUGAACGAAUAAGUCCCUGAUAAAGGGCAGGUAAUCGUGUGAAUUGCAAGAACGCGAAUCGUGAUGAUGAUUACGGGGAAGCAGAUUGUUGUGACACUCUUGUCGCAGUUGAAGAUCAAUACACGAUGCACCUGGUGUGAGUGGCAAGCAGCGCAUUACGUGCGGAAUAGUACGUGAUCGGAAUAGGGGCAUUCAACGACAAUUACAAACAAAUAAAACAAUGAACCAUCGAAACACGCGACCCUACCCGGCCUUCAUUACCGAAAAUCAUCAACGAACAGCAGUACGGGUCGAUGGAAAUCGUUGUGUACAUAAAAUUCCAUCACUGCUACGUUGAAGAACAAGAAAAAUCGAAGAUCACACACCACUAUCAUUCAGUGUCAACGAAUAGUAGUAGUGGCAGCAGUUUUAGUUCGUCGAAGAUUAAAGAAAUAGAGAGUAAAAUAACAACCCAGUGAGCGAAAUUGAAUCGAUCAUCCAAAAGUGUCGCAGCAGGAAGCAGUGAAUAUUACGAUUAUGAUUUUAUUGUACACGUUAUGUUUUGUUGAUUUGUGUAACGCCUGUGUCUAACACGGCAUAAAGUUGUUUUCGUGCGUGUGGUCAAACUUUGUGUAUAAGUUUGUGUUCCGAUGAGUGAUUGAAAUUUAAUGUUAAAAUUAGAAGCAAUAAUUAUUUGUCGGUUAUAAGACAGCGAGUUAUGAAAUCGAAUCAUCUGUUGUGCCGAUUGCAUCUGCGGCGUGAAUUACUUUGAGCUCUGGUUGUUUGUUGUUUGGUUGUGUAGUUUGUGUUUGAAUCGCGGGGCUUUUCGUAUACGAACACCAUUACGAUACGAGCAACGACACAUGUUCUGUUUGUUUUUCCGUGAUCAAGUGCGCGCGAUCAAGUUGAGUAUGUUCGAGCUGCGGCUAGCUGAAUUUCGUCUUGUGACGGUUCCUGUUCGGCUGAUGUUUGUUUUUUGCUCAAGAGCGUGAAUGAAAUCAGUGCCAAAAAAUACCAACAGACGUAAUAGACGAACCAUUGUGGUCAACAUUAAGCUUGUGAUAGAAGCGGUAGUGGAAAAGGAUUUUUUUAGAAAUUCGUUUGUGUAAAGUUUCUGCAGCAGAAAGACCCUCAAAAUGUCGCUGGAUUCAAUGGGUCCUUCUGCAGGUGGCGGUAGUUCCGGUGUUGGUACACUGUCUGGCACCAGGAUGAUUCACUCUCUAAGCACACCAUCAGGUGUGGAUGGAACUGUGUCAGCAUCUCAUUCUCGCGGAGGCAAAAAGCUAGCCGUGCGCAUCCAAAUGUUGGAUGAUUCUGUCACCAUGUUUCAAGUGCAGGCAAAAGCGACUGGCAAAGUGCUGUUUGAACAAGUGUGCCGACAGUUAAAUCUACUGGAAGCCGAUUAUUUUGGGCUGGAGUACCAAGAAGCACCAUCUGGCACCAAAUACUGGCUGGACCUGGAAAAGUCCCUCAACCGGCAGGUCGGUCUAUCGUUAAUAGAACCAGUGUUACGGUUCUGCGUAAAGUUCUACACGCCUGAUCCACUGCAAUUGGAAGAAGAAUAUACACGCUAUUUGUUCUGUCUGCAAGUGAAGCGUGAUCUUGCCACCGGGAGCCUACAAUGCAACGACAAUACAGCAGCCCUUAUGGCGAGCUACAUUGUGCAAGCUUCCUGUGGAGAUUAUGCAGCAGAAGACUAUCCUGAUCAUACCUAUCUGUCCUCGUACCGGUUUGUGCCCCAACAAGAUCAUACAAUGCAGAGACGAAUUAUGGAGAACCACAAGAAGCAUGUAGGUCAAUCGCCGGCUGAGGCAGAUUUAAAUCUGUUAGAAACGGCGCGACGGUGUGAGCUGUACGGCAUGAAGAUGCACCCUGCCAAAGAUCACGAUGGCGUCCCAUUGAAUCUGGCCGUUGCUCACAUGGGCAUUGCCGUUUUUCAAGGUAUAACGAGAAUCAAUACCUUCUCAUGGGCGAAGAUUCGAAAAAUAUCAUUCAAACGCAAACGUUUCCUGAUUAAAUUACAUCCCGAAAAUUAUGUGUACCACAAAGAUACAGUUGAAUUUUUCUUCGAGGGUCGUAAUGAGUGCAAGAACUUUUGGAAAAAGUGUGUUGAAAAUCAUGGCUUUUUCCGUUGCACUGCCGUUCAGAAUGUGCAGCGUCGCAAAGCAAGGGUACUGUCGAGAGGUAGCUCAUUCAGGUAUAGCGGAAAAACUCAAAAACAAAUUAUAGAAUUUGUGCGCGACAAUUACGUAAAGCGACAAACAUUUCAAAGGUCUCAGUCUUUUCGGCAGGGUCCUCUACAUUCAAGUAACAGAAGUCAAUCACGCACUUCAUGUAAUGUGAAUCAAAGCAUCUCGGCUCAUCCUUUACUUCCGAUCGAAACCGCGGAAUGGGAACGUCGCAGUCAGAGCAACGUAUUGAGGACGCCUUCUCAGACGAGGAGACAAGUGGAUAUGGAGGUGGAUCGCCUACCCAGCAGUCCUACCGGCCACAAUCGUUCUCAGCUCACGGAAGCCCAGGUGGAGACCUAUCCGAUGAAGAGCUAUACCCAGCAAAUGGGAAUGGAGGGCUCGGGUCACACGCCGCUGCAGGACUCGAGUCAAUCUGCAUCCCCGGGGGGCACAUGGAGUUCGCCAUACCACAACAGCAACAGCAGCAGCCAUGUGCGAGAAGUCGAUCGGGCUCGUGUACGUCAAGACGGUCACAGUUCCGGUCUGAACCACCGCCUCUAUGCCACUAUGUCCCCCAAAUACACUCAUCGCAGCCACAGAUUUACCACGCAGCCACAGCAACUGCUGCAGCAACAGCAGCGUCGAGCCUCAGCCGGGCCGCUGGGCCAACCGGGGGAUCGCAGCAGUUCUAUGGGGGAGACAACGGUCUCCUCCACCAGCCGGGAGAGUGUUUUAUUGCCGCUGGACACUCGCACCAGGCGCUCUUCAGCGCUACUGCCGGGGGUGGCCUCGGGGUCGGGAAUGGCGGCAUUAACGGUGGGAGCCAGCAACUCUCAAUACCCCAGUGCCACACUAGCCCGUUAUAGCAAUACGAGUACCUAUUCGAUGUCUAAGUCUGUAAGCACUGGAACGGAUCUAUCGGACGAGGCACCGGAUAAUGUCAUCUAUUCGGAUAUCAAUGAUUUGUAUCGUCACAGAAAGUCAACCACUUCUGGUGGUAGCGGCGGUGGAUUAGUAGUAGAAUCUCGUAAAAACAUUGGCGCAGGUGACGAAGGCGAGGAGGGUGAAGAAGACGAUGAGAUUAUGGAUGAAGUCGAAGACGAGAAUGCGAUCCGCCGUCCCUACCUGGAAGACGAUGAGGAUGACGAUGAAAUUGAUAUCCGUUAUGCGACGGCCACACAAAUUAAAGCGUUAGCUUCUGGCAGUAGCGGUGGGGGUAUGGAUGACACAAAUGCAAAUGGUAGUUGCGGCGGUGCUCCGAAGGCCGUUCCCAGUGACGAACUGUACGCGACAGUGGAUAGGAAAAGUAAACUAAAUAAGCAGCUUCAACAGCAAAAGCAGAUUACUGUGCAAGUUGCUACCUUAAAAACGAACACACAUUACCCUGGUAAACACUUUAGUGAUGAAUUCAUAGACGAUAGCAUUAGGAACUAUAAUAGUCAUACGAAUAUAAGUACGAACGUAAACAAGUUGAACGAAACUAGUGCCGGACCUUUGAACUCGGCAAGUGCAGGUGAGAUGUAUAAUCGUUCAGCCCAUUUCGAUGAAUACUGCGGUAAUAAUCGAUAUUCCGAUACGUCGGACUACUUCAGUCACAGUCAGCAGCAUUACUCACAAUCGCCGAAUUCACACUCAUUGGCCACCACGAUCACGCAUAAGAAUGGACUAACAGACGAUGAUGAACGAUAUUCUUGUUCUAAUCCGCCACCAAUUCAUCCAAGAACUUCGCAUUCCCUACCGCGUAACUCGCAACUUUCCAAGAUCGAAUCGAUCGAUUCUAAUUACAGUGGGGGUGAUGGAAGGGUGGCCAGUGUUGGUAGAGCUGGUAGUUCCGGUGAGCAUAAUUACGUCGGACAUCAUUCGUUAAACAAUCUCCCUAGCUCAUCGAAGGUAACCAAUGAUUAUUUGCAUUAUUCUUCACUUUUAAAAAGUAAUGGCAACGAAUCGGAUGAUCCAAUGAAUAGUAAGAAAACGUCUUCGGAACGGCUCGAGUAUGAACUGUCGAAUGCCAACAUUUACUCGACGGUACAGUACAAGAACUAUGAAGAUGAUUUCGAAGAGGAAGAUUAUUUGAAUUAUCAACGUCAGCGUGAUGAUAGUAGAGAUGCCUCUAAAGAAGCAUGGCUGAGAAGCAGCUCGUGCAAGGAGCUUUGUGAUUACGGCUACGAUUCAACCGGGCGAGCCGAUUUUUCACUAAUGGAGCGUGAAUUCUUGACGUCUGAUCGAAUCGAUAGCCCUGUGACACGCUACGAUGACUCACGCCACUCGAUGUACGUGCAAAAAUCGAACUACUCGGUAGAGGUGAGUCAGGACAUUUUGGCAAACGAAGGAAAAGUGUACUCAUCCAGCUACCCUGGCACAACUUACAAUACCAUCGAUCAUACCAGUUAUCGCAAACACAAUAACCAUAAUUUCUAUUCAAACUACGAAUACGGUUCACAAGAUGAUCUUUCGCAUGACAGCUACGAGUUGCUUGAAAAGUCCGACGAUGAAUUGUACUACAAGUUCAAAGGUGAUUCGGAGGCUCAUACAAGAUCCUGCUCACUGGACUCGGGUAAUUACAUCCCGACGGAUGAUGAAAGCAUUCCAGACCAACAACAUUCUUCAGGCCAUCAUUCGCAUCACGUUUCCCGUCUCUCGAGAUAUUGUUCGAGUUUGGAGGCGAAAAGCAAAAGUGCUCCGGAUAUCGAUGAUCUCGACGAUAUGUUUUUGAUGGAAGACCCAAGAGAUUUGCCGCGUGAAAAGCUGUGUGUUAAGUCGGAUGGCAACUUCUACAAGAAAAUUAAAAUGGCCAUGGGAGGAUCGUCGCGUAUGUCGAGCCCAGAAUCACGCAGUGAUUAUUACGAAUCCAAACUGUCCAAGAGCAGUGGUUCGAGCAAGAAAUCGAAGGACAGUGUGUAUCACACGGAUAGUAACAAGAAGUCACGGGAAACACUAAAGAGCAAAUCAGGCUCGGGUUUCAAUUCACGCGCUUCCAGUCAGGACUCCAAAGAUUGCUUCGGAGGUAUGGAUUUACUACUAACGAAGAACUACGAAAUGCCUACGACCACGAGCAAGAAGGCAAAGUAUCUAUCGAAACGAUUCGACAGCAGCUCCAGAAACUCCAGCCAAGACUCGAAAAGUGAUUACUACGAUGCCAGCGAGCAGCAACAUGAGCAUGAGCUAGAUGUCGAUGGAGGUGAUAUGUCGGAUGAAAUUUAUUCCCGUACCAAAGUGAGUCACUCGGAUGAACACAUUGAGGUGGGCGACGAAGAUGGAAUGGCAAUGACAAAAAACGGCAUCUCUACAACGGCGGCUAGUUUUUAUGAUAAUCAGAUCUAUUCUUCCACAUUUCCGAGCGCUCAGACAAAGCCGAAUAGUGUUGGAAAUGACGUUACGGGAGGAGGCAGCAAAACUUCACAUGUUCACUCAAUCAGCCUGCAAAAUGUGGAGCUGGAGAGAAGCUCACGCUCGGUAGGAUAUUCGGCAUACAAAUCCCCUUCACCAGUGCUCCCAACGGCUUUGCCGAAACCAAUCGAAAAACAACCACCUAAAACGACACAUAUUUGGCCGGAGGAAAUUGAAGGUUUGCCAACGGCCAUAACAGAAAGUCAGCGCAUCGAUAGAUCACGAGCUUUUCGCAAGAAAUCGGACAGCGAAAACAUUUUUAGCUUUGACAAAGAGAAGAUUGAAUCUCUUACCAGUAGCUUAAACGAAGAAACGCCCACAACAGCAAUUAUGGUAGAGGCAAAAGCAAAGGUUAGCCCAGAUUAUCCUCUCACACCGGAACUACUGUCGGAAUUUGACAAGCAAAAAAUUGAAUCUCCUCAUAUUCUACCGAAGAAAACACGAAAAGAAGAGCUGAUGGCAAAGACUCACUUCGAAGAGUAUACGCCUAAAAUGGUUGGAUUAGAAACAUCGGUCAUUAGCGGUAUUCCACCGUAUGCGCAUGCAACAGUUGAAAGAACAAAGUCAGACCCGAACUCUUUAGCUAAUCGGCCUCGUUUAGGCCCGAACUCGCGUCGCCAUACACUGAUGCAUCAGAAAUCUAUCGACCUAACACCGGCGGAUUCAAGCGAAGAAGAAUACCUUUACAAGCAAAUUCCAAGCGCUCCACCGCUGUGUAAAUCACAUGGAAGUCAUUUUGAACUGCCACAAACGUACGAUAUGAACGUGAUACCAGACGUGGUUGAGUUGCCAAGGAAUGGAUUUGAGAUGCCGAAAAGUUUCUUCAAAGAUUAUCAAGAGCGUCGUUCUUCGCACAAAACCGUACUGAAGGAUGAUAUUCCUUAUGUGCUGCACAAGCGGCAUGUCAUGAAUGGGACCGCCCCUUCGCCAUUGGUAGAAUGUAAGACAACUCCUCAUCGUAGCUAUCCAAAGCCAAAAAGUCCUAAAUCUCCAAAGUCACCCAAAUCUCCCAAAUCACCCAAGUUAUUGUUGACCCAAGAAGGUGGAAAAGGUGACGCAAGCUCUUUCCUAGGAUCGAAGGAAAAUUUGCUCAGAGUGAAGGAUGAUACAGAGCUGCUGAUAGAACAAAUCGGAGUAAACGAUCAACAGGGCUUCUUGUUUACGCAGAAUAUUGACUUAUCGAAGGUUGACCCAGUAACAUUGGAAGUGGAUAAAACGGUGCAAACGGUGCAGCUAGCUAGCAGCCCGAAGCGAGAUAUAACGAAGCGCAUGGAUCCAUUAAUGCUAGAGCAACUGAAUAGUAAACUGAGUCAAAUUGAGAGUGAUUCAGCAACAAGCUCAAAGACGGAUAGCAAUGCCGCCCAACAACAACUGCAACAACAGCAAAGAAAAUUCGAAGCGAAACCAGUGGACCUUCCUUACUUAUUGAUGGAUAAAAAGACCGUCGAGUUGGCCGUACCGAAAAGAGUGGUCAAAACACGAGUCGCUCCUAUUAAGACAAAAUGCGGUAAAUCAAAGCGCAAUGCUAAAACACGGAUCACUUCUUUUUCAUCAGACGAUGAAAGCCUCGAUUCGGACGAUGUGUUUGGAUCCGCGGAAGCCAUGCCAACAAAGCUGGAAUUUUCCCCACCUCAAUCACGCAAAGAAAUAGAACCGAUCUUGAAGCAUGAAUCAAGCAAGAUGGCAUCGAAUGCGUGGGCAAGGGGACAAACUAUGAGCUCAACGGAGAUAGAAGGAUCACCACCGCAGUGCCGUCGUCUAGCGGAACUAGAAAGUCGUUACCAUACGGUGAAACUUGAAACGACUCAGCUCACUAGUACUGAGCUGCGACGAAUUUCGGAAAGAUCGUUCUCUAUUCCAAGUUCAGAAGAUGAAGAGAAAAAGCAACAAACUAAGACAAUCGAGUCUUCGAAAGUAAACCAUAUGGCUGACAAAACCCUAACAGAGUCGUCACAAAUGGAAGUGCAAUCCACUAAUGAUAUGGACGAAUCUAAGGAUGGUUUGGGGUUUUCAAAACAACAAUCGGAAACUGCAGUAAGGAAGAGCAAGGAGGACGGAACGGUGACCAAAUUAUCACCUUCUCGAACGAAACUAAUUGAAGAGCUAAUCGAUUCUUCAAUUGUAAUGCGUUCGAAGGGACACGCGCCAAUCUUGUUUGCUCAUGCUCGUUUAAACCUUAGCGAGGGAUCCGCAUUUGCUUCAUUACAGCGUCAGAAGGCGCAAGAAUCUCCCACCUCUGGUCGCCGCGCCAAAAGUCUCGAUACACCGGUAAUUUCGCUUCAUAAAUUACCUCCGAUGAAUGCGUUCUCUUCGAAAGAUGAUACGGUGGGCUAUGAAGAGGAGGAAGAAGUGUUAGAAGUGAAACCAUUGCAACAGCAGAAACCGCCGAAAGCUUCCGUAAUCGAAGAAGAAGAGCAGGAAGAUUCAGUUCAUUCCUACGGUGAUGCAAUCGUUGUCCGUGAUCCGACAAUUUCGCGCCAAACAUCGACGACGGAAGAAGAACGUAAGUGUGUCCGGAUUGAUGCAGAUGAGCUGGAGUUGCUGGACCGCCUUAAGUACAUUGAGAAGAUCGAACUACAGGGAGUGAAGAUAAAAGAAAAGCGUAAAACGAAAACUAAGCUUAAAAGCGGGCAUCAACUGAUUCUGGAAAUACCGAAGUACAAAUUCGAACCUUUCAGCUCGGGCAACAGCUCUAUUAAAACGUCCCCGGCCAUAAGUCGCGCUAGCAGCGUAGAAAGUACAGGAAAAGCGCGUCAAAAGACGGACAGUGGCACUCAAACGCCAACAGGAGGUGGGGUUGCUAUUAAGCCACAGCGUAAGUCCACCAGUCCGAAAGGUUCGGAAAAACUUGUCCAACCAAAGAGACGUUCUUCGGAUGAAGUGAAGAAAUCUACAUCGCCAAAUGACAUGCUCCGAACGAAAAGUCAAGAAGCGUUGGGCAAAGGAAAAGGAUCGAGUGCGAAAGAAAAAUCAAAAUCAUUAGAAAAGAUGGAGUUAAAGCGUCUGGGUAGCAGAGAGCGAAAGUCUACCGAAGAAAGCGAACUAGAGCGGGCUCGGCGUAAGGAGCGGCAGCAAAAACUGUACGAAUCGGCCAUGAAACAAACCAUCAACAUGCUCAGCCCGGUAAAGGAUCAGUUGCCUCAGUUUCCUGCGCCGGAGGAUAAGAUUUCAGUUAAGACCGAAGGUGAUAAGAUUAUCAUCGACGCGGAUAUAAAAUCAAAACCGGAGGAUCAUGUGUUUAUUGCUAAAGCACCGAGAAAGCUGGACUGCGGGCUGGCAAAGAUUAGCCGUAGCUUCGAAGAUCAGAAAAGUGUUGAAAAGCUGGACAAGGCUAGCCGUAGCUUCGAUGAUCGAAGUAAAUCGUUUGACGAUCAUUCGGAUCGUUCUGCAGACGAGAGCAGCAUCGUAAUCAAGAGCCCGACGCGGUUGAACAGAAGUCAGGAGCUAAAACAGAAAAUCGAAGGAUCUGUUGUACACAAGGGGCGUAUGGAGGGUAAAUCGAAAAGUUUGGAGAAAAAGUCCGAACCACAGUACUUGGAUAUUGAGUACAAGACUCGCAGUUUGGAUCAAAACUACACGGAAAGCAGUGCAUCUUCGUACGGUGGUGGUGAUGCUACCUCUCCGGACUCGGAAGGUACAGGUCACGGAGUAAUGAUGGGCAGGAAACAAGAAAUUGUCAAAGUGGAUGUGCACUAUUCCUCCAAGAUGGAUUCUCCUGAUUCGGAUAAUAAUCGUGGUGUCUCUCCCAGCGGGCGAGGACGAAAGUCCACUACGGACAGCGAUAGCAAAUCGACCGAAGAUCAUCGUCCGUCGUCGCGUUUCGAUAAGGGCAAGAGCCUUGAUAGUAAUAUUUCUGCAGCAAAGGAUAGUAAGAAGGAUAAACAGCAAGCCGUGGAGAGACGUGCACUUUCUCAACCGGUGUCAGAGUUUGGUGUUGAACUGGAUAUGCAAGACAUAAUAUCUGAGAGACGAACUCUUGAUCUGAUGAAGAGGCGUUCGGAAGAAAAGGCAGUAGAUGUUAGCACAACGACUGCUAUACCUGAACCAUCAGACGAGGGCGGAGAUAAGGAAACAACGGAUAGAAAGAAACGUUCUGGUAUGGAUGGCAGUGAAGAAUCGCUUACAGAAGUAAGCGAAUUAAAGGAUGCUGAUGGAAAAGAGGGUGGCUAUCUCCCACAGCCUGUUCGUGUACCCACUAUUGAGUAUGAAGAACCGUCGAUUGAAGAAACGGAAAUUGUGGAGGAAGAGGAUGAGUUUGAAGCGGACGAACUGGAAAAUGAAGAGGAUAAGAAUAAGAAGGAAAUUUUGGGAAAGCUAAAUCUGGAACGAAGCAGAAGCGAUGAAACUGGCUCAUGGGUGACGAUCGCAUGUGAAGAAUUCACCGGCACCGAAGGAGUAAGCAGUCAGCAAGAAGAUUUGGCGAGUAAUGUAGGAACGAAAUAUAAGAUAGAAUCUCAAGCGACGAUUGAGGAUGUUAAAGACUAUACAAUGCCUGAAUCGGAAGUGAUUGUUGAGCUGUUCGAUGUUCCUGUGCUAUCACAACCUCAAUCCAAUCGAUCCUCGCCAUCAGCGUUCGAUCAUCCGCUUCCUCAAGUACCGGAGAAAAAACCGGAUGUGGUGUCCCCGAUGCGAGAAAAGAUGGCAAGGUCGUCUGCUGUAGAUCGUGAUCAAGAAGCCGAAAAAAAGCAAGCUUCACAAAGGCGUGGUGAUUUUCUUCGGUUAUCAAUCGAAAGAUCACGGAGCUCAGACACAGGUUCAAGUCGAGAAAACGAAACCAGUCCAAUUAGACAUGACUCUAGUACACCACGCGGCAAGGGAUCGUUAGACGAAGAAUCAAGCUUAAGCUGCUCUAUAUCACGUCCGUUGGGUAUAUCGCAAGAUAUGGACUCAAUGGAACACAUGAAAUGUAGGGAACUACGAGAAGCAAUGCUAAAAAUGGAAGAUUACGAUGAUGGAGUGCCGACGAAGAAGAUAUCUCCAACGCUCGAGAAGCAGUAUCCCGUGGAUUUGGGAUCUGGAUCGGAGUUGGAUAUAGAAACUCCGGAAGAUCGUAUUGCAAGGUUGCUUCAGCGCGAAGAAAGCGAAUCUAGUUCAGACAAUGGUGGAGGUACCACUGCACUUGGCCCAUUAGGUGCCACUUCAGGAGUUGUUACGGCCAACGAAGGAACAAUCCCCAAGCCAAGGGUAGUGAAACCCGUCCGCACGACAUUGCUGCACAAGAAAGUGUGUCGCACGGCUCCUCCUAAUGAAAAACAAACGCAACAAACAACUGCUGAAUUGAAAUCGGGAACUUUGAAACUACUGAGUGCCGAUGGAGGCGAUCGUAGUUCGCUGGAAUCUAAAUCAAGUCUAGAAUCGAAAGGAUCAUUAGGAUCAUUUGAAACUGAGAGCAGUUCGGGAUCUUUGGGUGCAGCGCAACGGAAAGGCGACCUGCUACAGAAAGAACAAGUGUCUACAUGGCGUCCUUACCCGAUUGAAAGCUCGGGCAGCUCAAGCGUAGAAGAUAAUUGGCUUCCACCGGAACAGGAAAGUUACGAAAGCUUCGAACUAGCGACGGAGACGAUUGAAAUACAGAAAAUUCCGUUGCAAGAUGCAAAAGAACUGUCCCCGGACGAGCAAAAGGAAAGUGAUUCCGACUUACAAGACGAGUUGAAUGAUUUUCCGGCGACGUUCGGCUAUCCGGAGAUGACUUCCACACUCGGUAUCGCUAUCAAUCCGGUGGAUAUACUUGGGUAUGGAGCUAGCUUCGGUGUAGGCCGAACGUUGUCGCGAAUCUCGGAGCGAAGUACGAACUCGGAGAAAUCAAGCGGAGAGGAAGUGGCGGAGGCAGAAAAAUCAAGCUUGGAAGAUUUGAGCGUACACGACGAGUCCGCUAUUUCUAGUGAGCAUCAAGCUAGUCUCAGCUCAGAUUUACAUUCUAACUCGAAUCCAGCAUAUAUUUCUGAUGCGGACCGCAGAACUUCGGCAGAAAUGCCGGAUAUUCCAUGUGACUCUGCUGCUGCAGAGCGUCUGUCCGAAAUAUAUCAGAGCAAUGUAGUGAGGAACGGACGGUUCACUGUUUCACAUGUAACGGAAGGUGGAACUGGUGCUGGUUUAAAGGCGACAGAAAGUAAACCAGAUUUGCAGUGUCUUUCGGCAGGAGGUGGUAGUCAAGAUUCAGAAGAUUGGCCUUUGCCGGAAAUUCCGUACGACAGCACACCGGGUGAACGAUUUGAUCCAAGUAUUGGCGGACCUCCAGGUGUAAUUAUGCCGCCUCCGAUGAGACCUUGCUGGACGGAACAUGCAUUAGCGCGACAGUCGUUGGAAUCUGAGAAUUGGCCUACACCACCAUCUAGCAUGCUAGAACACAUUCCAAUUGUGGAAAAUGUUCAAACGUUCCGUGUAAAUGAACCACAGCACCCGAUGCAGGUAAUGGUGGAAUCGUUCACAGAACCUACAACCGGAGGAUCUGAUGAUUCCGAUCCGGAUUAUGCGGAAGUAGCUGGUGAUGAAAUUCCAGAACCGCCGAAAAGGGAUUACAUUCCGACUGGCUCUGGAUCCGGUUCAUACUCUGGAUCUUCGUUAUCCGGGAAGUCGGGCUCAUCGCCGAGUCCUUCGCUCUCGAUGGUGGUCCCUUAUGAGAGUACUGCUUAUUUAGUAUCGGCGAUGCAAGAUUCGAAAGUGUAUGAGGCAACAGUUUCAUAUGACAAUGCGACCUGUUUAAGUGGUGCCCUAGGUCCGACCAGUUGUCUCAAGUCAACGUUUGAUAUGUGCUCAAGCCAGCGAGCUAUGGGAACCGCGACGACAGGAAUUGUGGGAAAAGAUGUGAAUCCAGACCGUGUUAUUAUAUCGCAACCAACGAAGUCUCCACAGAACUUGAGUCCUAUCACGGAUGAUGAUUUCUUCAUGAACGAUGAAGUGUUUGGCCCAGGCACGGUGAAGAUUGAGAUCUCACCGGAUGACAGUAAACCUUCGUCAUCUGGCGGUAUGGAAUACAGUGGGCAGCAGCAAAAGUUUUCGCGAAGCUCUAACAAUUCCGACACCUCGAUCGACGAUAUGCUCUCGACGUCUUGCGGCACGUACAUGGAAGAAACGGUACGAUUGCGCAACCUGGAACCGCGUCGGUUAAGUAACGAAUCCUGCAAAAAGUGCAGCCACAGCUCGCAUUCCGAGGAGGAAACCAGCUCGUUCGGUACAGACUUGGAUGGGACGGUAAAAAUGGGACUUCAGCAAAAGCGCUGCACGCACAGUUCGCACUCGGAGGACACCUCGAUUGGUCUUAGCAUUUCAGAAUGGUCUACCGGUACGAACACCGUUCGGCAGUAUGCAAAUCUAUCGGGUUCGGACAGCCUAUCGGCCGUGUCGAACCAUUCCGGUAAUGCCAAGAGCGAAAAAUCGAACCAUACCAAGAGCUCAAUCAGCUCGAGCGUCCACAAGUCAACCGAGAGUCUUGACGAAAAGACAAGCGGUAGCUUUUCCAGCAGCAACACCAACCAGGCUAACAAUACCGGUGGAAAACGCUUUUCGCUCGAGAAUGUAUCCGAGAAUGGAGGAUGUCCGCGGUACGAAGCGUUCAGUAACUCCGAAACGGAUACAAAGUUCUCGUCAGGUACCAAAAGCGACGACACUACGCUGACGCUCACCGAGAUGGCCCAAACCAUCACGGAAUGGUCGACCAGUAGUAGUAACACGCUAAUCGCGCAGGUCGAGGCGUUGAAGCAGCUGGAAAGUGGAGCUGGUGCUGGUAGUGCGAAAGGUGCAUCCUCCGGCGAACGAUCCACCGCUACACCGACGCGUACAUUCGAGUACGUGCCGUUGAAACCACCAAAGGUGGUGAAGAAGGUCGCGGUUGCAUCUCCUGCCGACCAAGGACGAAAGGAUCUUCCUGGAGUGCAUGCAAAACUACAGGUAACGAAACACUUGCCUGUCGAGACUGGCGUAAGCACGAAAAUGGCGAAUGAAUCGAACGUGAUUCCUGAUCGUCCUACGAGACUACCGCCCAAGAUUGUGGAUGUGAUCGAGAAAAGCCCUAAGCGAAUGCCCGUAACACAACAGCCUCUUCCACAGGGCAAAAACUCUGUAUCUAGUCGCGUUGAACCGCAAGACGGUGCCAGCAAACGAAAGUCCCUCGAAAUGAUGUCCAAGCGUUAUCAAAGUCAAGAUAUAUCUGACACGGAAACGUUUACAGAGAAACUAUACGGACAGAAUGAGAAGCUAACGGAACGAUAUCAAAGUCAAGAGUUUACUCCAAUAGCUGUGACUUCGGCACCAAGUAAGCCACCACGUGGUGACUCGUUGCCUUCCUCCAGUCCAACACCGAUGGCCGAGAAACCGCUGGUGAAGCACCAUAGCUACGAUGAUAAAACACUGUCUAAGUCGCAGAUCAGAGAGUAUAAGACAACAAAGAUGCGUCACAGUCAGUCUUUCCAUGAGCAUCUGGUGUCAUCAGACCUGAACAAGAUAGUGGAAGAAAGUCUUGGCAGUUCUUCCACCACAACUCACACUAGCGAAGCGACAAGUACCGAUAAUUCAUCACCAAUGUUUCCACGGCCUGAAAAAUUGGUACGUUGCUCCCCUUACUACUCAAGUAGCCUCAGCUCGGAAUCGCCUCCAAUUGCACCGAACCAGUUGCCGCCGCCUGUACAGAAACCUCCUCGUAAGAGCUCUCUACCGCGAAACUUCAUGCCAAAGAGCCCUCCAAGUGGUAACGAUACGGACAGUUCCCUCGAUCACCGAGCGCAGGAUCCGAAGUUACGAUCACGGGGCUAUCGUAAAAAACGAACGGUUCCGUUGAAGAAGAGUCGUCUAGAUCGCCCGCUAGAGCAUCAGGAAAGUUCUGAGUGUUCCGAAGGUUAUUUUCCAGAAAUGGAAUCAGGUUCAUCGGAUGCGGUAAUGAUGGAUCACCAGCAUCAGCGGUAUCCAGAUUUUGAAGAGGAGCUGGAACAAUUGCCGGAAGAUUAUGAAGACGAAACGUACCGAGCAGAUGAAGAUGAAGCGGCUCCCAGUCGCAAUGGGGCCGGGGUGUACCCGAGCGCAUCAUAUUCGAACAAAUUUGAAGGACUUGAUAUGACGGAGAAUGUGGAUGAGAUGGGCUUCCCGCGAUACGACCGGUUGGGACAUAUAACGAAUCCCAACCUUUACAAAUCGGACACACCAUCGCCACCAAUUAAACCCGUACGCCAGCGUCGAUUGCGUCAGACGAAGCGUGAUGAACAGCACGACUUGGAGUAUCAGGGCGUACAGUAUACGCCAGAAAGCGGAAGCUGUUCGGAAACGAAAGCUGGCCUCUCGGACGAUGUGUGUUACUCGAGCGAAGACAGUUUCGCUGCGGGCUAUAACCGUAGCACCGGUGCUGGUCCGGGAACUAGCUCACGGUAUCAGAAGAAUGUAGAGAUUCCCUAUCCGGACUUCCUGUCCGAUUAUGAAAACGAAUCAUCAUCGGCAUGUUCCUAUGCCAGACGCAUGGAACAGGGUCGGCAUCGGUAUGUGGAGUUAGAAUCGCAGCACCAACAACUACAACAAGAACAUCUUGAGUACGAAGAGUCGGGAAAAAAUAUUGAUGUAUCUAUUGCGUUCGAUUUGAAAGCCUUACCGCCUCCGAUUUACGUGGAAGAUGAGGAAGUUGACCCUGAAGGGGAUGAUCUUCAAGAGCCCGAAGAUGACGAAGAAGAACAAGAUAAUGCUGUUUAAACGAAUCGCAAUGAGCUGAAUGAUAUUUCUGUAGCGCUUACUUGCCAAUGAUCUUUCUCCGAGUAUAAAAGUUUAAUAACGAUGCCAAUGGAACAUUACAGUGCCAAUGUGUGAAAUAAAACUUGCCAAAUCUUAUCAGUAAACCAUUGAUCGCAUAUUAUUCUCCAUGUCACGCAAUAUCCUGCCCCUUGCUACGUACUGUUGAUGUGAUGCAAAAAAUUAAUAAGUGUUUGAUUUGAUAAGACUUUCAGAUGCUUAUUUGUUGGCAAUAAUUUUGUGCGGAUAUAAAUUUUAUUUUUCCCUAAUAGAGAUGCUUAUUCUCUAAGGCAUGGUGGGAAUAAUCGAAACAGUAGAAGCGACUUUAAACGAGCAAAUGAGCAUACUGUCUGUGUCGUUUUGUCUGAUUGCGAAUUUGAUAUGAACGUUUACACUACCAUUUUGAUGUUACUUUGCGCUCGAAAUGUUCAAAUAUUAUAUGCAAUGUGUAAAAAACUGGAAAAUGUUCCAUACUGUGUAUUCGCGUGUUCCAAGUGCAUCCAUGCUCUGUUAGCGAUGUGAGAUAGAGGGGAUUAGAACUAAAUUGUUGAUCAUGGCUUUUGUGUUUUAAUCUGCAUUUAUUAGGUGACAAGUCAGCUAGCUUAUUAAGGGAUUAUGUGAAGCAACCACCGUUACAUACAAAAAGCUUUCGAACGAAGUAGCGCAUCUUAUGAAUAUCGUCACGUUUUCCAAUUGGUUGUAGUAUAUAGUCUAAAGUGUCAUAAGAAUGAUUGAAAAGACGUGCGAAAAUUACAAAUGAUACGAAAACGUAUGUAAUACAAAGAGGCAAAAAUGGAAAGAGAUAAAAAAUAGAAUAGAGUAAACGGAGAAGUAUCGUUAUAUAUCGAGUAGCUGAAGAUAGCAAGAAUGGAUAGCAAAGUGCAUAAUAUUCCAAUAAUCCAGAGUUCUAGACUUGCAAGCAUCCAUACAUUUACGAAAUGUUGAAUGAAAAUUUGAUGAUAGAGCAAAUAUUUAAAUUUGUGUUCAUACCCUUUGUGUUUGUCUUCGAAACGAUGAUAAAUAAUAAUUUGCGAAGCAGAAUGAAACAGAAAAUUAAUGUGAAGCUGUGUAAAAGGGAGAUAUGGGUGGGCAUCUCUUUUUUGUCUGAUUAAGUAUGUAUUUUGUUUGACGAUUACACUGUUAUCCUUGCCUUAAUCAAGAAAUGUUUAAAUAAGUUUACAAUUGAAAGGUAAACUGUCUGUUGUUAAAAAUGAAAUACUGGAUGAUCCUUUGCUCGCUAGAUUUAUGAACCAUUAUCUUUAUAUGAAUAAUGAAAAAAUCUAUAUUUUAAAUUAAUAUUAAUCGACGAAUGGUACCGUAUCUCCGAAAGACAAGGGUGGGAUGUUCUACUCUCCGAACAAUGAGGCCAAAACAGAAAACAGCGAAUGACAUUAGAAUAAUAUAACUCAAGAUGCAAAGCUAAGAAAGUUAAAUGCCAGAUAAGAUAACCACAAAACGGAGGCAUAUUUUAUAAUGAAUUACUUAAUGUAUCAAACUAAUUUGACUAACCAUUUAUAUUCAUCAAGGGGAAAACUGACAAAAUUGCUCUAUAAACACAUAUAUGCGAAUCACGAUAAAUAUGUUAUUAUCAUAGACGAUGUUGUUUACUUAAGCAUUUAUGAAUAUUGAUGAAAGGAAAGAGAAGAGCCAUAUACGAAAAUCGAGUAACCUUAUUGAACACACAUACAAAAAUUAGUUGUUCGUGAGAGAGAUGAUCUCGUUCUGGAGAAAAUGAAAGUUACAUAUGUUGUGAAAUCGAUGCGAAGAAAAAAAUAACCGAAAAGUUGACAAAAAAAAAGAUGAUAUCUAGUUUUUACUUUUUGAACAUGUUCAGGUACACUCGCAAAAGCCAAAAGAUUGCCAAAAAAAAUAACAUUUACGUAUUAACAGCCACAGCUGGCAUCACAAGUCAGUAUCAGGCGAAGGGUUUAGUGCAUGAAAGACAAUUUUCGCAAAACAUUUCACAAACAUAGCAGUUAAACAAUGAUAGACUUACACAUCACAUGAUCGGAAUAGUUUUAGCAAAUCAAACAAGAUCACCGAAAACGACAUUAAAGUAAGCAUACAAGUAUAACCAUUCUUCAGUGAAAUCACACAGUUUACACAUCCUUGCUCAUCGUACUAACGCGUUUUACAACCAACAUCCAACAGUAAGAAGCAAACUUGCAAGGGCUGAAAAAUCCCCGAUUUGAAUCCAUUGCAAUUCUCCACGCAAUAAGUAAUGGUGAUAAAUAAAGGCAAAAUUAAUCAAA